CCCGGGGAGCUCCUGAGGCACAUCGCUGACCAUGCUGGCCGCCGUCACCAAGAGCUUCGUGCGCGCCGCGGGCGCCGCCUCGACCCGUCGCGCGCCUCUGCUGAGCGCGCAGGUGUCUCUCUUCUCCACAGAGGCGGCCACGCCCGCGCCCGCGGCCGAGCAGCCCAAGCGCACCAAGCUCAAGAUCCCCACCAAGCGCGCGGCGUCGCUGCUGCAGCAGCUGGAGGCGGAGGCUGUGGCCAAGGCCGCGGAGGGCAAGGACAUUGACAACUUCAAGCCCGGCGACUCGGUGGAGGUGCAGUACCUGCUGAGCCGCACCGGCAGCCGCGUGCAGCGCGUCAAGGGCGUCGUGCUGGCGCGGCGAAACCGCGGCACGGGCAGCUCCUUCGUCAUCCGCAACCACAUUGGCGGCUACGGUUACGAGCAGAAGAUCUUCCUGCACUCGCCGCUGCUGCAGAGCGUCAAGGUGCUGCAGGAGGCGUUCAUCCACAAAGGCAAGAAGCGCGUGCGUCGCGCAAAGCUCUUCUAUCUGCGUGAGAAGGCGCCCAGCUUCACUACUGUCUAGGCGCUGCGGCUACGUCAGACUCGUCGGAACUGGCAACGUCGUGGCCAUCGCAGCAGCGCUCUGUCUAGCGAGCGAAGCUGCGUGGAUGUAGGAAAAGCAGCGCGAGUAGGAAAGGGGUCGGCAGCGUUAACACUAGAGAAGAAAAACGAUUCACAGACCGCACAAGCUGCGCACAGGAA